AUGGAGGAAAAUUUGAUGAGCAUGAGGGAAGACCAUUCUUUUCAUGUUCGUUACAGGAUGGAAGCCUCUUGCCUGGAGCUGGCCUUGGAGGGGGAGCGCCUGUGUAAGGCUGGAGACUGCCGCGCUGGCGUGUCCUUCUUUGAAGCUGCCGUCCAGGUUGGAACCGAGGACCUGAAAACCCUCAGCGCCAUCUACAGCCAGCUGGGCAACGCCUACUUCUACCUGCACGAUUACGCCAAAGCCCUGGAGUACCACCAUCAUGACCUCACUCUUGCCAGGACUAUUGGAGACCAGCUGGGGGAAGCCAAAGCGAGCGGAAAUCUGGGCAACACCUUGAAAGUUCUUGGAAAUUUUGACGAAGCCGUAGUGUGCUGUCAGCGACACCUGGAUAUUUCCAGAGAACUUAACGACAAGGUGGGCGAGGCGAGAGCCCUCUACAACCUGGGCAACGUGUACCACGCCAAAGGCAAGAGCUUCGGCUGCCCCGGCCCCCAGGACGCGGGCGACUUCCCGGAGGAGGUGCGCGGCGCUCUGCAGGCCGCGGUGGAUCUCUACGAGGAAAACCUGUCGCUGGUGACCGCUCUGGGUGACCGCGCCGCCCAGGGACGGGCCUUUGGAAACCUGGGGAACACACAUUACCUCCUGGGCAACUUCAGGGACGCCGUCAUCGCCCACGAGCAGCGCCUCCUUAUAGCAAAAGAAUUUGGGGAUAAAGCAGCCGAAAGAAGAGCGUACAGCAACCUUGGAAAUGCGUAUAUAUUUCUUGGCGAAUUUGAAAUGGCCUCUGACUAUUACAAAAAGACGCUGCUGUUGGCUCGGCAGCUUAAAGACAGAGCCGUGGAGGCGCAGUCCUGCUACAGCCUGGGGAACACCUACACGCUGCUCCAGGACUACGACAAGGCCAUCGACUACCACCUGAAGCACCUGGCCAUCGCUCAGGAGCUGGAGGACAGAAUCGGUGAAGGGAGAGCAUGCUGGAGCUUGGGAAACGCAUACACAGCCCUAGGAAACCACGAGCAAGCCAUGCACUUUGCUGAAAAGCACCUGGAGAUUUCGAGAGAGGUCGGGGACAGCAGCGGUGAGCUAACAGCUCGGCUUAAUCUCUCAGACCUUCAGAUGGUUCUCGGGCUGAGCUACAGCACCAACAACUCCGUGAUGUCUGAAAACAUUGAAAUUGAUAACAGCUCGCACGGUGCACGCCCCAAGUUUGGACGCCGACACAGUAUGGAAAACAUGGAACUUAUGAAAUUAACACCAGAAAAGGUACAGAACUGGAACAGUGAACUUCUUGCUAAACAAAAACCCCUCAUUGCCAAACCUUCUGCAAAGCUACUCUUUGUCAACAGAUUGAAGGGGAAGAAAUACAAAACCAGUACCUCCACUAAAGUCCUCCAAGACGCCAGGAACUCCACUGAGCACCGCGUUCCCAAUCCCCAGAGGAAACUCAGUGCGGACACGACGGGAGAGGAAGGCUUUUUUGACCUCCUGAGCCGGUUUCAGAGCAACCGGAUGGACGACCAGCGGUGCCAUCUACGGGACAAGACCUGCGGGACGGCUUCCGGCACGGCGCCGACCACCCCCCCGAGAGGGAAGCUGAGACCACUGUCUGUCUCCGUGGUGUCCCCUAACACGGACGAGUUUCUGGAUCUCCUGGCCAGCUCGCAGAGCCGCCGCCUGGACGACCAGAGGGCCAGUGUCAGCAACCUGCCGGGGCUGCGUCUGACCCCGAACCACCGCCAGCCAGUCCUGGGCCACCUGGUGACGAGCGACAGGGAGCCUGACGAAGACUUCUUCGACAUCCUCGUCAAGUGCCAGGGGUACAGGCUGGACGACCAGAGAUGUGCUCCGCCCCCCGCUGCCACAAAGGGGCCGACGGUCCCCGACGAGGACUUUUUCAGCCUCAUUUUACGGUCUCAGGCGAAAAGGAUGGAUGAACAGAGAGUUCUCUUACAAAGAGAUCAAAACAGAGACGCUGCUGUUGGGCUGAAGGGCUGUUUGCAAAGCGAUGCUCUGUUGGAAUUUAAGAACUCAGGAAGAAAAUAA